AUGACAGAAGAAGAAAGUAAGGUCGCCACAGAGCAUCUCCAGGAGGUGUCAUCUGAUUCAACAGUCCCAAAGACAUCAUUCGGGACAAGGCUCAAGGCACACUACAGGAAGUGGUGGUGGGCGCAUUUGGCAUUCUUCGUCGCAUCAACCUUGAUCAUUGUACUUUGCUUAAUCUACGUUGGGUAUCCUAACAUCGCUCAAGACAACAUCAACGAUUCUGCCCUUGAAGUAUCAUCUUUAGAAUUUUCCAGCCCAACACCCAAUUCCUUCCACCUCCGCCAGAAUGCUACUAUAGUCAACAAGUCCAGCUACCAUCCCAAUCUAGACGCCUUCAAUGCAACACUUUCUCUUCAGGGCGGUAAACCUUAUGCUAGCGUGGAGAUUCCCAAACUCCACGCCACAGAGCGUGCCAUUUCCAUCAUCGAUCAAGACGUAACCAUCACCAACCUCGAAGAAUUCACUCGCUACACAGCUGCAGUGCUAGGUGGUGAAGAGGUCAAGAUUGAGGUCAGAGGGCGGACCGGCCUCAACCAAAUUACCGGCUUCAACGUCACAUCCUUCUCAAUAAAACUAACCCCCGACCCCGACGGCGCCAACAUGGUCGGCACGGUCCUCCUCCCCAACCCCUCCGUCCUGACCAUCGCCAUGGGCAACGUAACGUUCACAAACUACCUCCCCGCCUCCCCAUUCACCAACAACACCCGCAUCCCCAUCGGCAUCUCCACUCUCAACGACCUCGUCCUCGUGCCAGGCGACAACCACGUGCCCAUGCGCUCGCAGAUCAACCAAACCCUCGUCAUCGGAGCUAUCGCCAAGCAAUACAAGGACGGCAUGAUGCCUGUCGAGAUUGUGGGGAACACGAGCGUGUAUGAUGGCCAGCAUCUGACGUAUUUUGAGAAAGCGCUGCAGGGAUUGACGCAGAAGGUUACGUUAAAUGUGGGGAAGGCGUUGCAGGAUGCGGGGGUCGAUGCAAGCACUCUGGCGGCGCUUGGAGGAGGAAGUCCGCCGUGA